CUGACGCGAGGCGGCGACGAGGCGCCGGGGAGCCGCGGGAGGGACGCGCCGGAGGAGGCGGCGGCCGCCAGAAGUAGCCGCGGGACCGGAGGGCAGCCCCUGAGAUGCAUUUUCCUCUCCAGCGGCCAUGUUAACCAGAAAACCUUCGGCCGCCGCUCCCGCCGCCUACCCGACCGGCCGAGGAGGGGACCCCCCCGUUCGUCCGCUUCAAGCGUCCCCGGGGAUCGCCGCGGGGGCUCCCCGAAGCGGAGUAGGGACGGGUCCGCCGCCCUCCCCCAUCGGCCUGCCGCCCCUCCGGGCCAGCAUCGCUGCCACCGCAGCCCACACGAUUGGUAGCAGCAAGCACACAAUGAAUGAUCACCUGCACGUCAGCAGCCACAGCCACGGACAGAUUCAGGUGCAGCAGCUGUUUGAGGAUAACAGCAACAAGCGGACAGUACUCACGACGCAACCAAAUGGGCUUACGAUGGUGGGCAAGACAGGCUUGCCUGUGGUGCCCGAGCGGCAGCUGGACAGCAUCCAUAGACGACAGGGGAGCUCCACCUCUCUGAAGUCCAUGGAGGGCAUAGGGAAGGUGAAAGCUACCCCCAUGACGCCUGAGCAAGCGAUGAAGCAAUACAUGCAGAAACUAACAGCCUUCGAACACCACGAGAUCUUCAGCUACCCCGAAAUCUAUUUCUUGGGUCCAAACGCAAAGAAGCGCCAAGGCAUGACAGGUGGGCCCAACAAUGGUGGCUAUGAUGAUGACCAGGGAUCAUAUGUGCAGGUGCCCCACGAUCAUGUGGCUUACAGGUACGAGGUCCUCAAGGUCAUUGGGAAGGGGAGCUUUGGGCAGGUGGUUAAGGCCUAUGACCACAAAGCCCACCAGCACGUGGCCCUGAAGAUGGUGCGGAACGAGAAGCGCUUCCACCGGCAGGCAGCUGAGGAGAUCCGGAUCCUGGAGCACUUGCGGAAGCAGGAUAAGGACAACACCAUGAACGUCAUCCACAUGCUGGAGAACUUCACCUUCCGUAACCACAUCUGCAUGACGUUUGAGCUGCUCAGCAUGAACCUCUAUGAACUCAUCAAGAAGAAUAAGUUCCAGGGCUUCAGCCUGCCUCUGGUCCGCAAGUUUGCCCACUCCAUUCUACAGUGCUUGGACGCCUUGCACAAAAACAGAAUAAUACACUGUGACCUUAAGCCCGAGAACAUUCUGUUAAAGCAGCAGGGUAGAAGCAGUAUUAAGGUGAUUGAUUUUGGCUCCAGCUGUUACGAGCAUCAGCGCGUCUACACGUACAUCCAGUCUCGCUUUUACCGGGCUCCAGAGGUGAUCCUUGGAGCUAGGUAUGGGAUGCCCAUUGAUAUGUGGAGCUUGGGCUGUAUCUUGGCAGAACUGCUGACAGGUUACCCCCUCUUGCCUGGGGAGGAUGAAGGGGACCAGCUGGCUUGUAUGAUUGAACUGCUGGGGAUGCCUUCCCAGAAACUACUGGAUGCAUCCAAACGAGCCAAAAACUUCGUGAGCUCCAAGGGUUAUCCCCGUUACUGCACAGUCACGACUCUCUCUGAUGGCUCAGUGGUCCUCAAUGGAGGCCGCUCCAGGAGAGGGAAACUGAGGGGCCCUCCAGAGAGCAGAGAGUGGGGGAACGCACUGAAGGGAUGUGAUGACCCUCUUUUCCUUGACUUCUUAAAACAGUGUUUAGAAUGGGAUCCUGCGGUUCGCAUGACCCCGGGCCAGGCUUUACGGCACCCCUGGCUCCGGAGGCGGCUGCCAAAGCCUCCGACCGGGGAGAAGACAGCGGUGAAAAGGAUUACCGAGAGCACUGGUGCUAUCACGUCGAUUUCCAAGUUACCUCCACCUUCCAGCUCAGCUUCCAAACUGAGGACUAAUUUGGCACAAAUGACAGAUGCCAAUGGGAAUAUUCAGCAGAGGACAGUGUUGCCAAAACUUGUUAGCUGAGCUCUGAGUCCCCAAAGCUGGUAAUCUGAAAGAUACGACAUAGCUGAGCCUUAUUGGAUUGAAAGGAGUAGCUCAGACCUGUUUUUAUUUGCUCAAUAACUCAACUCAUUUGUAUCUUUUCAGCACUUAAUUUUAAUGUAAGACAGUUGUCUUGUUUUGUUUUUAUAAAAUACAUGGGGACAAUGCUUUAAGUUUUUAUACUUUCCGAAACUCUUUUUUGCGUGUAUGUGUGCGUGUGUGUGUGUGUGUGUGUGUGUGUGUGUGUGUGUGAUCUAGAAGUACGAUGAGCCUUACUGUAUCUAGUGUGGCAGAGUAAUAACAUCAGUGGCAGGCCACUGGUUUCUUCAUGACUGCCCACGCAUUUACAGAUUGGUCAGCGACAUUCACUAAGUUUUCAUGGUUCAUACUCUAUUCUCGGCUGGGAGGUAGCUCCAGGUUCAUGUGCAAGAUCAGCAUGUCCCGCCUCCCUCUUCCGUACAUCAAUCCGGGUCACAGCACUGGUGGAAGGAGAAUGGUCAGGAUGAAAAUCUCUAAGAAAAAAAACUGCACAUUAGAGAUUUUUUUUUUUUUUUUGUAAACUUUGCUCAAACAAUUACAAAGUGAGAUCCCCAAGGCUUAAACUGCCCAGUUAGCAUUCUAACAUUUAAAGCCAACAAAGCAGCAUUUAGCGAAUGGUGGAAACUAAAACGUUUGAGUUCCUCCAAAUUUUCUAAUAUGAUCGGCAAGCUCUUUUGUCAGGAAGCCUCCUCCUAUGGAAUUGGUUUUGCACCUAAUUUUAGAAAUGUAUUCCACGACUGUUCGUCGCUUCUCUUUCUCCUGUCUCUGUUCCUCUUUUACCACACAUCUGUUGCCUACAUUUAGCAUAUCUUCCUUUGCUGUCCAUCUGAGACUGUCGAUCCCGAGACAGCUCGGCUGUGCUGGUGACCAUUGUUUCAUACUCCAGUUUCACAAAGAAGAGCAGCCUAGCUACUGAAGGUGGGGGUUUCCAUAGUUCCAAAGAAAAUUUCGGACAUUAGAGUGAGUUCACCCUUUUCAGGUGCCUCUGAGGUUCCCUAGCCUGGAAAAGUACUCUCCCUUUAAAAAGAAAGAGGGUUGAAAAUCCUCUUGGUGAACAGAGAAGUCACUGGCUGUUCAGUCAGGUCAGUUUUAACAAGGCAUUUAAAGGAGGAGAAGUUCAACCUCAAGUUAAAUGGUUUGACUUGUUCUUUGCAUCAUCAGAGCAACCAUGGAAAUUGCAUUCCUCUGUUUUAUUUUAUUUUAUUAUUAUUAUUUUUUGAUUGCACUGACUGUUCUUGUGGGAAUGACACUUUACCUGAAAAAGUGAGAGUUAGGUAAAAGAGUAUUUUCUUCUCGGAAUAAUAAUUAUUUUCACAGUGAAAUUUUCAGUAUUUUAUCACUAGUGUAUGAGCAGUGAUAUAUAUCAAAUUCAAGGCACGUGGGAAGAAUUUUUUUAGUAUGUGCAAUUUAAUAUAGAAAGAUUUCUGCCUGUUUGGACAGUAGGUUUGGGGUAGUAUAAUUAUGAUAAAUAAUCUUUUAUAUGCACAGAUAUUAUUGUAUUGCCUGUAAUUGAUUUACAAAUCCUUAAAGCAUGGUCCCCAGUGAGGCCAAGAAAGUUUCCAGUUAAGUUCUUUUAGUAUUAAUCCUACAUUUUCUCCUUAAAAAAAAAAGAAGUGUAGUUUUGAACAAAACAUUUUACUUACCUUGAGGCUUUGCCAGUUGAUGGUGGAAAACUAUGCUCAGGAAAUAUUUCAGAUACUUGCCAAAAAGAUAAAAAAUAAUAAGAUUAGCUUAUUAGUGAGUGAGAUUGCUAUUUGCUUUACUAUUUAAGGGUGUCACGGAUAAAUUAAUUUGUACUUCUGUAUUUAGAAAUUAUAGCUCAUUUCCCCUAGUCAAAUCCUCUAGCAUAUUGUAUACAUUUCUGUGUGAAAGUGCAAUACUGUGUCAGUCAGUUACAUUUUAAACAAUGCCUAUGUGACAGUACCCCCCUCCCCCGUCAGUGGCUUAUAGGAAUUAAAGAUGUGUAUAUUUAUCAAAAUUUUGGCUUACAGGUAUAAGAAGCGUAAAAUUUGGUUUGGGGCUUUACAAAACCACAAGCCUCUUAAUGAUAGCUAGUGUCAUUAAAAAAUAUGUAAAAGCAAGUUUUCCUCUUAAAGGCUCCUCCCUGUCAUCGUUCACAUUUAGCUUUAAAUACAUGAACCUGAGCCUGCCAUUAUGAAUUUCCUUUUAGAAUACCUGUACUUGUGACAUUUUAUAGAUGAACUAAUACUGCUUGUCUUUCCCCUACCAUCCAACACUGGUUCUUAAAAUGCCAGCAAUGCGUUUGUGAUAACUUUUAUUCACAAAUGUAACUGGGAACUUUCAAGCCAAACUAUAAUGUGCAGUGCUAUGGGACUUUUUUUUUUCUUUUGUCCAAAUACAGUGAAAUUUCCUUUAUUAAUAAGAGCCACCAUGUUUCAGCAUUUAGUGAUACAACUGCUUAAAAAAGAAAAUCCCUAGUUUGAUUAUGUCUGAAACAAAAAUGUUGCAUCUCUGUGAUUUUAAAACCUAAGUAAAUAAAGGGCUCUGAUAGGCUACUAGGAGUGGGCUUGGAACAGUCGUUGGUCUCACAGGUUACCAUUGUCUAGGGACGUCUGAGCUGUCUUCAGACUAAGGAAUAGCACAGUGUCAUUUUGUCAUGGUUGCAGUCUCAUUUGGCUCCGUUUCUUGCACCACCUGAGUGUUUGUUAGCACUUAAGUGUAUCACAACAAUAGUGGAGUAACAGUGAUGCAAGACUGGCUUAACAGUAGAGGAGAACUUGUGCCCUUAGUGUUAACAAUGUGCCUUUUGUUCUGAAUGCCAUGUUGUAGGGCAUGCAUUUUUUGACCUCUUUAACUCUUUGAAUACUAGGCAGUAAGAAUGGAAUCCUUCUGCAAAGAUACAUCUGUCUUAAAUUUCUAGUUACAGGCCUUAAUAGAAACUGUAAGGCAUGAACCAUCAUCAUCAGGCGCUGAACAAGAGAACAUGGGUUAGCGACACUAGGAAUAAUUCCUAUGUUCAGAGGGUUAAAAAUGGUCUUUGUUGUAUCUUAACAUCAGACUGAUUUUUUAAAUGAUAACUUUUUGUUAUGCUAACACUAGACAAAAAAAAAUCAACUGUAUUUGUAAAAAUUUACCUCAAACCAUUUAAUUUUAUAGUGUGAUUAAUCCCAGGGCAUUUGGUAUGAACCAAAGUGCAUUCCUUUUCUAUGUGCCUGGCUCUAGUGAGGAUGGCCAGGGAUUUUUACAAUUUGGGUGCAAGGCACUUAAGCCACUUUUAAACUUAAUGGGUGGUGUGGGGUCAUAUUAAAUGACUCCAUCAGAAUGUUAGAAAACACUUUAGGCAUCAGUAGCAUUGGGCCAUAUUGGAAUCUUAAAAUAAAAGUGUGAAUUAUUUUAAAGAGAGCAUUCAUUUUUGUAAUUUUUUUCAUCAAGAAUAUUUCUGGUAAGCAGAUGACUUUUUAAAAAUAAAAUUGAUUGGGUUGGUAAAGGUUUUAAUAUUGCCCAACAUAAUGCUGUGGUAGCAUUUAAAAACAAAAGUCUGUGAACUCUUUGUUUCUUAGGGGCUUGUACAUCUCUCUGCUAUGGACAUAUAUAAAAUUGUAAUUAUGCUCAGCUCAACUGCUACAGUUAUGUCUAGGCAGUGGCUUGGGUUUCUAUCGAGCAACAACUUAGACACGUGACUGUAAUAUGCUGCAACUGUGUGUACUGAAAAUAUGUGAAAAUGGUUGAAUGUGGACUGUGUAUAUAUGUAUGUAAAAAUUUCUGUGAGAUGCUGCUGUCGCCACUUAACAUGAAACAUGUUCUAGUGGAUUUCAAUCCUAGUGGCCAGUUCUAUGAUACUGUAUGUAUUGUACAGCUGAUGGCAGGAGUAAGACUGUUUAGUGAAUAUUUGUUAAAUUUUAUUGUUGUGGCCAGAGAUAAUUUCAGAAUAAAAAUUUAAUGUCCUACCUUA